CCUUUUGACAAAAAAAAAACUAACAAUCCCCCAGACUACACCCUCAACAACCCCGAUACUCUGACCAAGUACAAGACCGCCGCUCAGAUCUCUGAGAAGGUCUUGGCCGCGGUUGCCGAGCUCAUUAAGCCUGGCGAGAAGAUUGUCACCAUCUGCGAGAAGGGCGACAAGCUCAUCGAGGAGGAGCUCGCCAAGGUCUACCGUGGAAAGAAGGUCAACAAAGGCUUCUCCCACCCUACCACCAUCUCCCCGGCUUCUUUCGUGACCCCCUACACCCCCCUUACCUCCGAUGAGGCCGAGGCUGGCGCUGAGAUCAAGGAGGGCGAGCCCAUCAAGAUCCAGCUCGGUGCCCAGAUUGACGGCUUCGGUUCUAUCGUUUGCGACACCGUCAUCGCCGGCGGAGAAAUCACUGGUCGUUCCGCCGACCUGGUUCUCGCCAACUACUACGCCAAUGAGCUGCUCCUCCGCUUGCUGCUCCCGCCCGGUCUGCUCGCUUCCGGCACCGACGAGGAGAAGGCCAAGGCUGCCGCCGCCAAGGCUCCCACCCAGGCCAAGAUUACCAGCCUGCUCGAGAAGGUCGUCAAGUCCUACGACUGCAACCUGGUCGAGAGCACCACCUCAUGGCUGUUUGAGCGCAACGAGAUUGAGGGCAAGAAGAAGAUUGUCCUUGCUCCCGCUGAGGGCACCAAGGGCGACGGCGUCCCCGAGAUUGGCGAGGUCUGGGGUGUCGAGAUGGGCGUGAGCUUGGGCGCUGGCAAGGUCAAGACCUUGGACUCCAGAACUACUCUGCACCGCCGCACCACCACCAACUACGGCCUCAAGCGCCCUACUUCCCGCAAGAUUCUCUCCGAGGUCCAGAAGAAGUUUGGAACCUUCCCCUUCAGCUUGCGCCAGCUCGAUGACGAGCGCGAUGCCAAGUCUGGUGUCGUUGAGUGCGUGCGUGGCAACGUCUUCCGCGCCUACGAGGUUGUUGGCGACAAGGACAACUCCCCCGUCGCCCGUUACCUGUCGACGAUUGCCAUCACUAAGAACGGCAUCACCAAGCUCGGUGCGCCACCCGCUCUCGACCUCGAGAAGGUCAAGUCGGACAAGAAGAUUGAGGACGAGGAGAUUCUCAAGAUCCUCGAGCAGCCUCUGUCCAGAAAUACCGGAAAGAGCAAGAAGAACAAGAAGAAGAAGAAGCCGGCCAAGAAGGCCGCUGCUGCGGGCGGCGAGGAGGAGGAAGAGAGCGAUGAGGAGUAG